GUUAAUAAUUAAUGUGCGCGUACGCUGGUAGUAGGUUAUAGCAGUGCUGUUUGAAGUGAAAUCCAACCCAGUUAACGAUGUGGCUGUUUGGAUUUUUAUUGAUCGUCAUCGUGUGCGCUGCCAAGUGUACCGAGGCGGACAUUUCAGUGGAAGCGGCAUUUCAAGGACGUUGUGGCCACGGGAGUCCUUGUGAGCAAUUGUGCUACGAGCUGCACGAUGGCAUGUACGAGUGCGACUGCUCGGAGGGAUUCGAGCUGAACAAAAAUGGCUAUAGUUGCCAAGAAAUCAAUUCUACCUCCAGCGAUGAUAACGCAUCGAACGGUGAGGAGGACGUCCUUUAUCAACGCGGUGCAUCAUUCAGCGCCAAGCUCGACAUAUCCGACCUGCACAUAUCGAUGCAAUCGUUCGACGAUGAUGACGAUGAUGAAGAUGCUGCCACCGGCAACGAAUCAAAGUCGCCGAACCACCCGCCCAACAUCCGGCAGGGAUCGGCUAAAACUCGACCACCGUCGAACGGCAACCCAAACAGCAUCGCGCCCGGCGAUGAAUUAGCGCGAAGAAAGGCAAACCGUAAUUGGAAACUCGAACCAUCCUCGAAGCAAUCGCCGAAUACGAAUGAGGCCCGAGCUCGCACGUCAAGCCGCAAGGAAAAAUACGUCCAAAAUGAUGGCCUCCCAUUGCUGGUGACUGCGUACGGUGGCGGUGUGCGACACGAUCAGCAGCAGCAGAAGACUUCCGCUUCCGGUGGUGACCGGCGAAAGUUUAACGCACCAUCCGGCAGCAGAAAGGGAUUGGCCGGUGUUGUGGAUGGCACUGGCAGCUCCAAUAUGCCACUGGCGAGUGAUAUGGAAAUCAGUGGCAUAUCAUUACACUCACCCGUUGCCGGUGGGGGUCGGUGGCAGCGGGCAGACGUUCCGGAAAUGGGAACGUCACCGGCGUCACCAGCUGCACUGCUGGCGGUUGAUGAUGACGAUGAUGAUGCUGAUGCAUCGGAAAUAAGGGCCCUGCCAUUGGUGGCCAGUUCACAGGAGGAGGAUGGGGGGCAGCGGGGCUUGGUGGGUGCGCAACGGAAUGGAAAAUUACCUCCGGAGGCGAUGGGGCGCAGUGUCAUCAGUCUCCAUGAACCUGUCAUGCAAAGCGUCACCGAAGGUUUGGCAAUGCAGGCUGAGUCUCGCGAUAAUGCAACGCAACAAACAGCAGGCGAAACAGCGAUAAGUCAACCGUGCACUCUUGACUGUGGACCUGAAGGAACUUGUUACGUCUCAGCGGAAGGAUCGUCGACCGCCAUGCGAUGUCUGUGCACAUUUGGAAAAAUUGGACCACGCUGUGAGGAAGAUACCAAAGUCAACACACCACGGUUCAGCAAGCAUUCGUGGGUCGCAUUCCCAGCGCUGAGAGGAGCCUACAAACAUGUACAGCUACACGUCGAAUUUCGACCGGAAUCGUUUGAUGGAAUUUUACUACUGACCGGUGAGCGUGACGAUUUGACGGGUGACUUUAUGGCGUUGCUGCUCCAUCAAGGAUUCGUCGAGUUUUGGUUCGAUUGUGGCUCGGGCAUGGGUCGCGUUAAGUCAGAGGAAACGAUCGUCCUAAACCAAUGGAACACGAUCACCAUCUACCGGCAUCGUUGGGAUGCGUGGCUUGUCCUAAACCAGGGCAACCGAGUGCAGGGCCGUUCGAAGGGACUGUUCUCGCGCAUCACCUUCCGAGAGCCGGUGUUCCUCGGUGGAUACGGAAACAUCACCGGGCUGGACCGGAAGCUUCCCGUCAGCAUCGGCUUUACCGGAUGUAUACGAAAGUUCGUUGCUAAUGAUCACGAUUACAAUUUCCAGCAGGGUGCACUUGGCGACGUGUCCCACGGUUUCGAUAUCCAGGAAUGCAUAACCGAUCGGUGCAGUCGCUAUCCGUGCCAGCACGGGGGGAAAUGUCUGCCAUCCGAUGACGGUGCCAUCUGUCUUUGUCCGUUGGGAUUUGGCGGUGAUUUAUGCGAGAUGCGACUGGAUUUACAGGUGCCUUCCUUCAACGGAUCCUCAUAUCUACGAUACGCUCCAUUAGGCGAUAGCUGCAUUAUAUGGUUCGAGCUGAAGAUCAUCAUCAAGCCGCUGCUGGAGGACGGUCUGCUGUUAUACAGCGGGCAUCACGAGUAUGGUGAUUACAUUUCGCUCUGCCUCAACAUGGGCUACGUCGAGUUCACGUACGAUCUGGGCAGUGGGCCAGCAACCGUCAGGAGCGAAUUUCCUCUCACCAUGGGACAGUGGCACACAAUCAAAGUGUCUCGAACGUCACGGCUAGCAGUACUGAAGAUUGAUCAGCUGCCGGAAGUGAUGACGGUUUCGCCGAACGGUUUCUGGCACCUUUCGCUACCACACAGUCUCUAUCUCGGCGGUAUCCACAACGUGCACACGCUGCCGACGAGCCUGCGAGAUAAAGGAUCGUUCGCCGGUUGCAUUCAGAAGGUCGACAUUAACGAUCGGACGAUUGCAAUCAUCUCGGAGGCACUCGGUGGUUCGAACGUGGAAAACUGUCCACAUGCCUGCGUUGCCCGACCGUGUGGCCCUCUAGCCAAGUGUGUCCCAAACCUGGAUACCUACGAAUGCCAGUGCAAUCCCCAGAACCGGCAGUGCAACAAGGCGGAGGAGCUACCUUCGGAAGUAAUUGAAAAGCAGCAACGGUUGCUGAAGCGCAAACAGCAAGAACAGACCGAGUCUCAGCGAGCGAUCAACGCAUUGUCGUCCCUGCCAGCCAUCGCAACCAAGCAGACACCGCUGCCGUUAACGACCCUCCCGGGAACCUCAAUCUCGACAACUCAAGCUCCACCGGAAGACAGUACUUUGCCGCAUGAUAAUAAUCCGGCGGAUGUCGGCGACGGUAGCUCGGAGGAGAGUGACGAGGGAUACAAUGACUACUAUCAGAAUGAUGACGAGGACGAUGAUGAUGAUGACGGCGAUGGUACCGAGGACAACUAUAGAGCACCGGGAAUGAGCACUGGCAACGAUUACAAUCAACCGAGUAGUAGCAGCAGCUCCAAAUGGCCACGCUAUCAAUCGGCUGCGAGUGAAAUAAAAACUGCUCCACCAGCAUUGCCGGCUAAUGAGGCUGAUAAACAACAAUCACUGCGAGCGAGCGAACGACUGGAAACGUCGACAGCGAAACCCACGACGAUAACGGCCGCGAGCGUCGCUGCAUCCACCGCCGCUAAUGAAAAGAUAAUCGUUUGGAUCGAUCGGCAGAAAUCAAAGGACUCAUUUUCCACGCAAUCGAAUGAUUACGCAGAUUAUGGCGGUGGGGAAAUGUUGGUCGAAAGUGGCGAAGUGGUCGCGGCAGAAGCACAAGACGCAGCGGCAAACGGGAGGGAGAAUAAAAAGUACGAUUUUGACGUGGGUCGAGGGAACGCUGGAGUUUAUGAUCCGAGCACCGAAACGAUGGUGGUUAAUGACCGAAAAAUGAUGAUGGCGGUGAACGGUGGUGCUGACGCUGAAGGUGAUAGCACGGGUGACAUGAUGCCAGAUGAUGGCGAUGAUGAUGCGACACGGGACAACCGCAGACCACAGGUGGAUGCGAACGAACAGUCUUCGGCCAAAUAUCACAAGACGGAGUCGGUGGAAAAGACUCGUGCCAGCACUGUGCUUCAGCACCAGCGACGACGACCGGAAGCGAAACCGGAGACGUUGCCGACCAGCAAUAAGGAUACGGGCAAGUCUGAACCGUCGUCAUCUUUCCUCGACAACGACGAUGACGACAAUGAUGACAGUAAUAGCGCAGACGAUGUAGCGGCUUACGAUGGUGAUGGGUACGGGAAAGAUUACGACCAGCAUGGCGACCGGAUACCGUACCGACCCGAUUUUCUGCUCCACCGAAAAGGUAUCUGGAGGGCCCGGGCAAACCGUCAGCAUCGGGGCUCAACGCAGCUCCACGGCGACGCUCCGGUCGCUCAGGACGAGCCCGAGAUCGAUGAGACGCUGAUCGAGGAGAUGAACCGGAUUAUGAAAAAUCAUAACGACAACGACAACGACGCGGAUGAGACACUCGACAGUAGCUUCUGGGGUGUCGCAUCGGAUGGGUUCGGUGAGCCGUCCCUAACGCACCACGACUACGACAUGAAUACGGACGGCGAGGAGGGUCAUGAUGGUGAUGCGGACGAUAACGCUGGUGACCAUCACCGUCCACAUCACGACCAUCAUGAGCCACGUGCUCCCAGCCAUCAUCACCGUCGUAAUGGUGUUGUGGGGGAGCAAGGUGAAAGUGAACCGAGCGAAUCAAAGAGCUAUGGUCCACGAAAUCGUUACGGACUACAGCGAGCCGAGCAGCACCAGCAGCAGCAACAGCAACAACACCAACAGGACAAGCAACAGCAACACCAACAACAGCAGCAACAACAACAGAAACAUCAAGCACAGGAAGACCCACGAAACGAGGAGGACGACAUCCUGCGUAGUAUAAAGUACAAAAACAAAUACUUCCGAAAGUACCAAGGCGCGUGUUUCACCGGCACGGACAGCUACUUUCACUACAGUGACGCGGAAACGAUGCGGCGUGUCAUUAGCUACGAGAUUGAUUUGAAUCUGCGCUUCAGGACGCACUCGGCGAACGGACUGAUCCUCUGGACGGGACGGCACAGUGCGCUCGAGGGUGACGAUUUCUUGUCGCUGGGCAUCGAAAAUGGGUACCUUCACCUUCGAUACAAUCUCGGUUCGGGGGAAAUAAAUAUCAAAUACAACGCCACCAAAGUCAGUGACGGACUAUGGCAUCGAGUGCGAGCGUUAAGGAGCUCGCAGGACGGCACGCUGAAGGUUGACGGCGGUAAGCCAAUCACCAGAAGAUCUCCCGGUAAGCUAAGGCAGCUCAACACGGACACCGGGCUGUAUGUCGGUGGACUACCGGCGGCGGCUCAUUACACCCGCCAAAGGUACCGGACAGGUAUGGUGGGCUGCAUCUCGGAGCUGAUACUGGCCGGCGAGCUGCGGUUAAACUUUGACGCGACGAUACUGGGCACGGCACACAACGUCGAACCGGGCGCCCCAUGAAGGUAGAUGUCCUAGGUGCCUACCGUCGUCCGUCC